AUGGUGACGACAAUUAACAUCAAUCUCUUUCUUGCAGAAGUACCUCGUUUCGAAGACAGCCUCAACAAUUUGACAGUAUCUUUAGGGCGAGAAGCAGUCUUUACUUGUGUUGUAAAUGACCUUGGCUCCUACAGAGUGGCGUGGUUACGCGUGGACACGCAGACGAUCUUGACAAUCGCCACUCAUGUUAUCACGAAGAACCAUCGGAUUGCGGUAAACCACAGCGACAGGAGGGUGUGGUUCCUGCAUAUACAUGAUGUCCGACAGUCCGACAGAGGCUGGUACAUGUGUCAACUCAAUACAGACCCGAUGAAAAGCCAGACAGCGUAUUUAGAUGUCGUCGUUCCGCCAGAUAUCCUGGACUACCCCACGAGCAGUGACCAGGUGGCGAGGGAAGGUGCCAACGUCACCCUGCGAUGCGCCGCACAUGGCGUACCUACCCCCCAGGUGGUGUGGAGGAAGGAGGCCGGCGAUCUACUUCCUACUUCGAACUUUAGCGAUGCGCAAAACACUUCUGUCAGCGGCGCAGUGUUGCACCUAGUCAAAGUGUCACGGCUGCACAUGGGCGCUUACCUCUGCAUCGCUAGCAACGGGGUGCCGCCCUCCGUUAGCAAACGAGUCAUGCUCGUCGUGCAUUUUCCGCCAAUAAUGACAAUACAAAACCAAUUAGUUGGGGCCAAGGAGAGCGAUACUGUAUAUUUAGACUGCCAUUCCGAAGCAUUCCCGAGGUCCAUAAACUAUUGGACGAUAAACGAUCAAAUAAUAUCGCAGACUGACAAAAGGUUUGAGAUUACAGCCGUAGAGAGAGGAUACGAAGUGGAUAUGAAAUUAAAGAUAAAGAAAGUCGGUAGAAGUACUUUUGGGACGUAUAGCUGUAUUUCGAAAAACUCUCUCGGGGACACUGAUGGCACUAUCAAGUUAUAUUCUCUCUCAGGAAAAUUUGAAGAGAUGCAGUAUAAUGACGUAGAUUUCGAGGAAACUCCGGAUGUGAGUGAAUUAGAAGCGCUGAAACGAAGUAAUGGAAUUAGAAAUAAGGUUCAUGUGCUAUUAUUAAUAGUCCUUUUGGCCAUAUCAUAA